UUAAAGCGUAAGGAGAAAACCAAUCACUUUAUAGAGAAAAAAGGAGCACAAAAUGGUUUCUAAAGAGCAAAAGAGAGCAUCACUGCAUGAGAAGCUGCAACUUCUUCGUUCUGUCACUAACUCUCAUGCACUAAAGAAAACCUCGAUCAUAAUAGAUGCGUCAAAGUAUAUCCAGGAGUUAAAGCAAAAGGUGGAAGAAUUGAAUCAAGACUUAGCCAAUGCACAAACUUCAACUGACCAAAAUACUUUGCCUAUGGUGACGGUAGAAACCACGGAGAAGGGUUUUGUUAUUAAUGUUUUUUCAGCAAAGAGUUGCCCUGGUCUGUUUGUUUCCAUAUUGGAGUCAUUUGAAGAGAUGAGUCUUAAUGUGGUUGAAGCUAGGGCUACUUGCACAGACACGUUUCUGUUUCAUGCUGUUGGAGGAAAAAAUGAAGAACAAGGUAAGAAUAUUGAUGCACGAGCUGUGAAACAGGCAAUGGGACAAGCGAUAAAGAAUUGGAGCCAAAAUGCUGACCAAAAGUAAUAAAAUGUCAGCUUUUACAUUUAUGUUAUUUAUAUCUUCUGUGUGCAUUUUCUUUAUCUAGUUUAAGCAUUUUCUUCCAUUUAGACCUAACUUGUAGUUUUGUUGAUCGAGGAAUCAAUCGAGCUUCUAUGAUUCAUAUGUUUGUAGAAGACUUCACUGAAAUAUCUAAAUUUUCAGAUGUUUAUGU